AUGUUUCCGCGAGCCAACACCAACGCCAAGGGACAGUGGACCCCGGAGGAGGACGAGCUGCUGCGGAAACUGGUGGAGAAGGACGGAGCCCAGCGGUGGUCCGCCAUUGCGGCGCACCUCAAGGGGCGCGCGGGGAAGCAGUGUCGCGAGCGGUGGCAUAACCACCUCAAGCACGGAAUCAAGAAGGACGCGUGGACGGAGGAGGAGGAGGCGAAGCUGGUGGAGGCGCACAGGAAGCUGGGGAACCGGUGGGCGGAGAUUGCCAAGCUGCUGCCGGGGCGCACAGACAACAGCGUGAAGAACCACUGGAACUCAACUAUUCGUCGAAAGGAGGAGUCAUCUCGCAGCAAGGCAGUGCAGCGCCCCACGCUGCUCCUGAGGUACAUCCAAUCGCUCAAGACCCAGGGGGGGCUGGGAGGCGCAGCAGGCAGCACUGGCGGGGUGGGAGGCAUGGGGGGAGGCGGAGGUCUGGGAGGAUUCGGGGGGAGCAGCUUCUCCGGGGGAGGCCCUGGCGGGUUCAGCACGGGGAUGGGCAUGAGGGGAGGCAUGGGGGGAGGCAUGGGGGGAGGCAUGGGCGGAAGCAUGGGCAGAGGCAUGGGGGGACCCAUGGGCAUGGACAUGGGAAUGAGUAUGGGCAUGGGCAUGGGCGCAGGAGCAGGGGGAGGGGGAGGGAUGGGGUUGAGCCUGGGGGAGCUGAUGCAGGGGCUCGUGAAGGGGGAACCCGCGUCCCCCUCCGCCUCUGCAGGCCUGGGCGGGUUGGCUCUCCGCGUGGGUCAGGGGGGACCCUUCAGAAGGGAAGGAGGGCCCUUCAGAACCGCCGUUCCCCGCUCUGUCUCCCAGCCAAUCAGCCAUGCAGCGUCAGCAGGUGGAGGGGGAGGAGUGGGAGCAGGAGCAGCAGGAGGAGCAGUGUUUCCCCCUGGGUCGUUUAGUUCAGUGCAAAGGGCAGCAGGGGCAGGCAGAGCAGGGGGGGCAGCAGCAGGAGCGGGAGGAGCAGGGGGGGCAGCAGCGGCUUUCCCACGCAACCCCUCGUGGCCUCCCGCAGGAAGCUCUGUUUCCGACGGGGGGAGUUCCGGAGGGGAGGGAGACGGGCACGAGCAGCAAGCAGGGAUGCGGCAGUCAGGGGGUGGUGGCUUCACAACCGGAGCAGCACCAGGGGGUAUGGGGCCAGUGGGAAUGGGGGCAGGGGGGUUGGGGGGGAGAGAAAUGGGGCCAGGGGGGAUGGGCGCGGCUGGAUUCAUGCGCUCGUCCUCUCUCUCCGGGGCUGAGUCCCGCGCGCGCCAGCACAGCCGUGGAUCGUUUCUCGGCGCGCGAUCCGGGCCGUUGGAUGCGGCCCGGGGCGGCGAUCGACGGUCAGAGUUGGACCGGGCAGCAGCAGAGUUCCAGAAGGAGAUCGCCAGGGCGUUGCUGGCGCCUGGCUCCCCGUCCGGUCACUCCUUCUUUUCCCGCUCGCGCUUUGCUAAAAGUUCGUCCGUGCCGGGGAGAGUUUCUGCCUCUGGGUCGGAGGAUGGGGGCCGGGGGGGAUGGGGCCGGGUUGGAGGGGAUAUGGGCGCAGCUGGGGGAGCAAGGGGAGCAGGGGGAGCGGGGAGAGCAGGGGGAGCAGGGGGGGCAGCAGGGGGAACAGCAGGGGGGGCGGGAGCAGGUGGGGCAGCAGCAGGAUCUGAGCUGCUGGCGCUGCUGCAGCUGGUUCUCGAUCCCUCCCUUGCUGCUACCGUUGCUGCUGCUGCUGGCCCCGUGGGGGGUGAAGGCAGCGGAGGUGGGGCAAGGGGAGGAGGAGGAGCAGGAGGGGGAGGAGGGGGAGGAGGAGGAGGAGGAGGAGGAGGGGGAAGUAUGUCUGCGUUGGAUCAGGUGGCGAGUGUGCUGACUGCCGACCAGCUCGCCCUGCUGCUCAAGGUCCUUCAAGGAGACGUUCAAAGCCCUGGCAGCGCACAAUCGAUGCAGCAGCAAGUGCAGCAGCAGCACCAACAGCAGCAACACCAGCAGCAGCAGCAGCAACACCAGCAGCAGCAGCACCAGCACCAGCACCAGCACCAGCAGCAGCAGCAGCAGCAGCAGCAGCAGCAGCAGCAGCAGCAGCAGCAGCAGCAGCAGCAGCAGCAGCAGCAGCAGCAGCAGCAGCAGCAGCAGCAGCAGCAGCAGCAGCAGCAGCACCAACAGCAGCAACACCAACAGCAGCAACAGCAACAGCUACAGCAGAUGCAGCAAGCACUGGACCUACAACUUCAAAUCCUCAACAUGCAAUCGCAAGCCAUGCAAUCCCAGCCAAUGGACGCAUCCACUCAUACUGCCGACCCUAACACCGCUUCUGCUUCUUUCAACACCAAUACCAACGCCUCUGCUGUUGCUGCUUCUGCUGCUGCUGCUCCUUCUUUCAACACAGGCGCCACUGCUGCGUCCGCUGCUGCUAAUAACGCGGAUGCCUCUGCUGCAGCAGCUGCCUUUGCCCUGGACGGCAAACUACCGGACCUCUCAAUCGACCCGGGGCCAUUGGACUGGGCAGAUGGAGACGGGAUAGACGUGUUUGCACUGGAGGAAGGCGAGGAGCAGGCGCUCGUGCUGGCAAGCACUGCUGCAGCUGCUGGGGCUGCUGGGGUUGCAGGAGUAGGUGGUUUGGUAGCAAUGGUUGAGGCUCAGGGGUUGCAGCAGCCAGAGGGGUUUUCAGCCCCCGCUGCAGCAGCGCAAGGCACAGCAGCAGGGGUCUUCACAGGAACAGGGACUCCUUCAGGAAUCAAUGCUCUUAGCAUGACUGCUACCGCUGCUCCUACCACUUCCAUGUCUCCCACUGCUUCUCCUGCUUCCACUGCUCCUUCUGCCCACCCCACUGGCACCGGCUUUUCUUUCCAUACUGUCAGCCCCAAAGCUAGCCCAACAUCUGCCCCCACCGCUGCCCCAACAGCUGCCCCUGCAGCUGCUUUCGCAGCUUCCCCUGGCCUCUCCCUCCUCGCCCCAUUCCCCUCCCCGUCCGCCCCUUGGGGAACGGGCUGGGACCACGCCCCUUCUCCCGGCAAAUCCAAGCCGUUGAUCGAGGAGCUCCGGUUCCGUCCACGGCUGGGAUUCUCCGAGGAGAUCGGCGCAGGGCGAUUCAGAGAAGCACAUCAAGACGAAGGGGGGGACGGAGAUGAGGAGCUAGAAAGCCCCAGCUCCCCCUCCUGGUUCCCGGACCUGCGCCGAACCUGCAGCGACAACCCCCGGUCCGCAUUCCCAGCCUCAGGAGCCUCGUCCCCGGACCACCACGGAACCCGGGGGGAACGCCUGUUUAUACCCCAGAAAAGCGGGCUGGGCGGGGGAAAAAGCGCCGCUGCGUCUCUCACCCUCCCGCCUCUCAUGUCCAAGAAACGAUCUAUCUCCAGUGUGGGCCCCACCAGCCCCCGCGCCCAGUCUCGCUCCCUCCGGCCCUCCCUCCGUCGCAGCGUGGCAGGCCCGUUACCAGACGCGCCGGUUACGAUCAUUGAUGGUACGAUCCAGCUCGUGGGAGGGCUGAGCCUCAACUCCAGUAAAGCAGACGGGAGAAGUGGCGGCAGGGGGGACGGGAAAGCGGAUUCCCCGCCGCCUCCCUCGCCCCUGCCGCCUCCCCGGCCACCCCGGCCACAGGCCUUUCUAGGGGGAGGCAGUGAGAAAGGGGGAGGGGGAGGGGAGCAGCAGCAGUUGGCAGCAGCAGGAGGGGGAGCAGGAGGAGCAGGAGGGGGAGGAGCAGGGCUGUGGGGCAGUUUCAGCAGCAAGCAGAGCCGGGCUAUGCUGCAGGCGAACCAGCUGAACCUGUCCCCCCGGUCAGGGGGGCCUGGGGGAGGUGGGACCCUUUCGUUUGGACAGGAUGGUGGAUUCGAGGGGGAGGUAGACCUGGUGAAGGCUGGCGGCUGGGGGAAUGCGGGAGGGGGAGGGGGAGCAGGUGGGGUGGGCGGGGCGGGUGGGGCAAGUGGGGUAGAAAUGGGUGGAGAAGAGGGGGAGCAGGGCGUAUCUGGGCAGGCUGUACCUGCGUGCCAACCAUUCAGGAUGAACCUGGCGAAUUCCAGGUUCAACCGCAGUCGCAGCAUGCCGAUGGAGCGACCGCCGCCCAGGACUGGUAGCAGUGGGGUGGGGACCGGUGGGCAUGGCGUCGGCAGGAGUAGUGGCUUGGGUGGGGGCGGUGGUGCUGGUGGUGGGGCUGGUUUUGGUGCUGGUGGUGCUAGUGCUGGUGGUGCUGGUGCUGGUGGUGCUAGUGCUGGUGGUGGGUUUGGUGGCCAUGCAGGGGGGAUGGUGGCUAGUCGGUUUGCUUUCCAGGGCAAUGCUGGCCCGUCCGGCAGUGGUAGCAGUGUGGGUGCUGCUACUGCCGCUGGUGCCACUGAUGCUGCCCUGCGUGCUGGUACGGACGCUUCUAUGGGUGGGGGCACGGGAGAUGGCAUUGCAGCAGCAGCAGGAGGAGCAGCAGGAGCAGCAGGGGCAGCAGCGGGGGCAGCAGGCAGCGGGUCAGGGGCAGGGGAGCUGCUCGAUUCCAAUGUGGCGGAUCUGGUGGCCGCAUGGCUGUCAGAAGAGAGUCCCAACACUGUGGACGGGGGUGGUGCGGUAGGCGCACAACAAGGGAGUGUGGGAGGAGCGCAGGGAAUGGGAGGGGUGGUGGGUGGGGGUGCGAUUGGGAGCGAGCUGGUGCAAGGGGGGGAGAAUUCACGGCCGAGUUUGGCGCAGCUGCAGCAAGCGAUCGGGGAGCAGCUCAAGAAAGAAAGCGUAGACACCUUCACUCAAGGAGCCAUGAGUGCUGCUGACAUCCUAACUCGAGUUGAUGUUAUCAGACGGCGUUAUGAGCCGUACACGAAGGAUACUGUUACGAAGGAAGACGCGACGGACAGCUUUAUGACUCUGUAUGCAGCAGUUACAGUGGAGGUGGAGGAAGUGAUUGAGAAAUCAAGUGCAGCUGUUAUUGAGAGGAAUCUGGCCAAGGUUGCGGUGCUAAAUGCCGAGAUCAGGCGAGCUAAAGACAUUUUGCAGAAGGAAAUUCAACGGCUCGAGAAACUCGCGUAUCGGAAGGUCAAAGGAGUUUCGCCUGACGAGGCUGCGAAGAGGCCAGACAUGGUCAGAACGCUCUUGGAAAAGGUUCAAGCGAUCCCUGAUGGCAUUGCGAGAGGAGGUGGGAGGACCGUCGCAUCGACACGGGGUGUUUCAGACGUCCAGAUUGACGCUCUCGAAAUGGGCGACUCUGGACCAACAGGGGAUCACUUCAUCUCAACGGCUGAAUCCAGGGCAUUCAGAAGUGAAUAUACUCGCCGAGUCCAGAAGCAGGAUGUCGAGCUGGAGUACAUCUCUAGCGGUCUUGAGAAACUGAGGCAUCUUGCCCAAGACAUGAAUGAGGAAAUGGAUCGUCAAGAUCCAAUGCUGGAAGCAGUAGAGAACAAGGUCAACUCGACAACUCAAACGCUGCGGAACAAUAAUAAGAGGUUGAAGGAGAUUCUGACCGAGGUUCGGUCACCACGGAAGUUCUGCAUUGACCUUAUACUUAUCCUUGUGCUUCUUGGAAUUGGAGCAUACCUAUAUAGUGCUCUCAAGUGA